AUGGAUCAAAAAAGAAUAUGUUUAUUUGUGAUAGCUAUGUUUUUGGCUUCUGGAAGUGAUGCCAUGUCUAGACAACAGUUGAAGAAUUCUGGGAAAAUGCUGAAGAAAAAUUGUAUGAAUAAGAUCGGUGUUACAGAAGACCAAGUUGGCAGUAUAGAUAAGGGAAAAUUCAUAGAAGAUAGAAAAGUUAUGUGCUAUAUAGCGUGCAUCUAUGAAUUGACGAAUGUGAUAAAGAAUAAUAAAUUAAAUUAUGAAGCUUCAAUCAAACAGAUUGACCUCAUGUAUCCACCUGAUGUGAAGGAAUCGGCAAAGGCUGCUGUGGAAAAAUGCAAAGACGUCCAAAAGAAAUACAAGGACAUCUGCGAAGCUUCGUUUUACGCAGCGAAGUGCAUGUACGAGUAUAAGCCAGAAGAUUUUAUUUUCGCAUAA